AGGAUAAGUAAGGGAAGUAUAAUGCACAAUGCAGGAAAUAGUUAUACAACAAUGUUCAGAAGACAAUCCGAGCAGGUUAAAACGGGACCAUUACAUUGUGGAGAAGACAUAGUCCAGGUGAAACCAGAUGUUGACAUCUGGAUGUUUGUUUUCUAACAUCAGGACAUGGUGAGCGUCACUGUCCAGCAGUGGGCGCUGAGAGCCGCACUACACACACCGUGGCCCGGAGAAGAAGAAGCAGCAGCAGCAGCAGCAGCAGCAGAUUAGAGGCAGACACAGGUGGUGGUCGGUGCUAGUAUCGGAACCAAGAUCCGUACACAGAAGCAACCAUGAAGAACGAAGGUAUCGAGGGGACGGAGAGAUUCCUGAGCCCGGACAGAGGCAGAGGCCUGCGGGCGGUGAGGCACUUCGCGGUGGGGGAGCUGGUGUUCGCCUGCCCGUCCUACGCCUACGUGUUGACAGUGAAUGAGAGAGGAGCGCACUGUGAGCACUGCUUCACCAGGAGAGAAGACCUUUUUAAGUGUGGCAAGUGUAAGCAAGCCUACUACUGCAAUGUUGACUGUCAGAGAGGUGACUGGCCCAUGCAUAAGCUGGAGUGUGUAGCUAUGUGUGCCUAUGGGGAAAACUGGUGUCCAUCAGAGACCGUCAGACUGGUCGCUAGAAUCAUCUUGAAACAGAGAGUCACAACAGAGCGAACUCCUUCAGAAAGGCUGCUACUGCUCAAAGAGUUUGAAGCCCAUCUAGAUAAGAUGGACAGUGAGAAGGAUGAGAUGAACCAGACAGACAUAGCAGCACUGCACCACUUCUACUCCAGACAUAUCACUGAUAUCCCCGACGACCAGGCUCUCACUGAGCUCUUUGCACAGGUUAACUGUAAUGGUUUCACCAUAGAGGAUGAGGAGCUCUCCCAUCUGGGAUCAGCUGUUUUUCCUGAUGUAGCACUGAUGAAUCACAGCUGUAGCCCCAAUGUCAUAGUGACCUAUAAAGGCACAGUGGCUGAGGUCAGAGCUGUUCAAGAGAUUAACCCUGGAGACGAGAUCUUCAACAGUUACAUCGACCUGCUCUAUCCAACAGAGGACAGGAAAGAGAGGUUGUUAGAUUCCUACUUCUUCACAUGCCAGUGUACUGAGUGCACCUCCAAGUCUAAGGAUAAAGAAAAAAUGGAGAUCAGGAAGCUGAGUUCUCCACCAGAGCCAGAGGAAAUCCGAUCUAUGGUCCGUUAUGCCAAAAAUGUAAUCGAGGAGUUCAGGAGAGCCAAACACUACAAAACCCCUAGUGAGCUGCUGGAGAUGUGUGAGCUUAGCCAGGAGAAGAUGGGAGCUAUUUUCGCAGACACAAACGUCUACAUGCUGCACAUGAUGUACCAGGCAAUGGGUGUCUGCCUCUACAUGCAGGACUGGGAUGGAGCUAUGAGCUAUGGAGAGAAGAUCAUUCAGCCAUACAGUGUUCACUACCCAGCCUACUCUCUAAAUGUGGCGUCUAUGUAUCUGAAACUGGGACGUCUGUACUUGGGGCUGGAGAAGAAGGCACAAGGAAUCAGAGCUCUGAAGAAGGCAAUUGCCAUCAUGGAGGUGGCUCAUGGGAAAGAUCACCAUUAUGUAGCGGAGGUCAAACGAGAAGUCGAGGAGCAGAAAUAAACAAGGUGUACGGGGAGCAGCAAAAGAGAUCCACUGGAUUGAGGAAUGUCUCUUAAAGCAACAAAAUUUGCAUCACAACUGCAUGCCAUGCAUCUUAUACCUCUCCGGUUUCCGUCGCCCACAUUUUGUUUUUCAAGCCUGUCUUAAGGCAGGGCUUCUUUCUUUCUUACCGUCAACACAUUCUGGCUGAGGACGACCAUGUUUUGUAUCUGCAGCUACUUCAGUUAAAAACCAACAAAUUUGUUUUAAAAUGUUUGAAAUGGAAAAAAAGCAUCUGACACACUCACAGUUCUAAUCUUGAACUUCAUUUGAAAACGUUUUCUGUGUGCUGAAACUCAUUAAAUCCAUUCAACACCCAUACUGUAAUUCAAAAAAGGAGAUCACAUCAGUGGAAAAAAGGAAAUCUUUAAUACUGCUAUGUGACGGCUACAUAAGCUCAUUUUAUGAUAUGAAAUUCUGCCCAGUUCACUUUGUUCUGUAGACACAUCAACAGACUUUGUAUUUCUCCAUUAUUUAUGUCUGUGGCGGCAGUUUAAGCUGCGCAGCUUUGCUCCAGAGCAGUUGUUCAGUGUUUUGGACUCCUGUACAAACUUGUGAGUAGUUGUUACAGUGGGCAUUACUACUUAUUCACCAAAACAUUUUAAUUCUGUCAAGUAUUCAGCAGCAGAGUUUCUGGCUUCAUUGAUUCUUAUUUAAAGGACCAGUGUGUAGGAUUUAGUGGCAUCUCGCGAUGGUGGCCACAAAACAUGUGGAAAACAUGGAACACCUUAUCUAUUUAAUGUUUAGUUUGUCUGUUAGGUGCUACUGUAGAAACGUGGCAGUUGUGUAUGACAUUGUGUAAAUAGAGCCCCCCCAAAAUCCUUACACACUGGACCUUUUUUUAAACUGUGAAAAAAAGAUGACUGACCAUGCAUCAGCUACUCUGUAGCAAUGGAGAAGAGAAGAACUAUUCCUGAAUGAAUAACCAGUGUUUUGAUUGGCUUGUCUUGCACUAUGUUUUGCUUGUUUUAAAACCGGAAAAGGUGUUGCAUGUUUUAUUGUUUUUUUUGUUUUGUUUUUUUUCCAUAUGAGGCUUGUUGACCAAAAGGGCCACGGGUUUUACUGACAAGGAACCAGCUAUAAUUCUCUAUUCACAGUCUAUCCUUAAACAGGGGUGCUGAUCUGAGACCAGUUUACCUCUUAACACAGAGUGAUGACUUUGGUGCCAUGACCUUACAGAUGAUCCUGGAUCAGAGCCUCUUUUGCUCUCAGGAAAAAGGGCGCAACACUGUAGCUUUUGUUGCCUUUUGUCAAGAGAUGCAUUAUUGUACCUUUUUAGUGUUUUCUCAGAAGCGUCACCCUGGGAAUCAAAUCACCUUGGCAUCAGUGGGCAGAAUAUUAACAUGCAGUAUAACUUGCUAGAAUAUAUAUAAAUGAUAACAAGGAGGGAAUUCAUCCUCUUCAUACACUUUUAAUUUUAUAGUAAACAACAGAAAGUGCAUCUCCCUUUAAUCUCUGCUUCAGUGCAAAAUUUGUUUUUGCACCUCGUAAGCUUAAUAGACUGGGAUGAAUCAUAAUGUAUAACAUAACCAGUAUAACAUCACUGGUAACAUUUUAGGGAAGCAUUACCUUCAGCAGACAUGGAUACAUCAUAAAAUGCGUGUCAGUGGUACAGCGAUUAAGAAAAUGCUGUUGACAAUCGUCAUAAAUGAAGGAAGUGUUGCCUCUGUAUUUUGAGGUUUAAAAUGGCCCCAAAAUCAUGAGUAGGUGGAGCAGUUACAGGUCAUGAAACUGUGUUCUCUCCAGAUUUGACUAAAUCAUGACGUAGAAAGGUCUUAAAGAAGGCUGUUUUUUAAUCUUAAGAGUAAGCAUGCAGUGUGUUAAACGAGGAUGUAAAACGUUGAAAUUAAGGCAAUGCAAAUGUCAUCACCUGGGCCUUAUUUAAAGGUGCUUGUUGCACUAAAAUUUUGUACAUUUUCUGCGACAAAAUGAUGUCAAAAUGGAAAACCCGUAAGCACAUUUUUUUUCAUUUCCUGUCUGUGGACAGUCUGCUUGCCUGCAGUCUUCACACAGUGGCACAAGUCACAGAACGAAUUAUUUUAUUCUUUUUAAUACCUGUAGCUUCUCCCUCUUCUUUACUAUGGAUGCAAUUCUAUGCACCACAUGAAUGUGGGUUACUGAGGGUUACAAAUAGCCCAUUGUUAUGAGUUACCUGUGGUCAUAUUUGUAGCAACUCCUGCAUAGGUGACUCUUUUUGUCCCCUGCAAGAAUGCAUCUCGAAGGUGCCUGCCUUACAGCUUUGCAUAGGUAAUCCAAAAGCACCAAUCAACCAGCCAUCAGUUCCACAUGUUUAUUUUUGAGUAUGUUUUUACAAAGGAGAGACACAAUGAAGAGGUUUUGUAGGCUGGUUUGCACAAACCAAAAAAACAUCUGAAACCCUUCUGUUUGCUAGAUUGGAGCAGUUCAUUUCAUUUCUGGACAGACUCUUAAGAACAUGCAUAUGAUUUGUUUUUCUGUGCUGUCAUGAAAGAUUAAAAACCUGUGGCACAAGGGUUAAAACAGUAAAAUCACACUUAUACUGCAUGUGUAAAACCAGAUGAAAGGCCACCCAGAUGAUGUUUUUCUGCUGUUUCUGUAAUGAACUUUUACAUUUUCAGGCAUGAAUGUUAUUUUAUUGGAAUGCAAACCUAAAAACUGAGCCUCUGAUUCUUUCUGUACCAUGUCAGUGGAACUCAAUAAAUGACCAUAUGGCACUUG